GGACUGUUUUUAUAAAGAAGCACAUGGAGAUCUUAGAUGUCACAACUAGUGAGGUGGGUCUCUCUUGUCCCAUGUUCUAACAUUAUUCUUUCUCUCCCUCUCAAAACUUUUCAAUUUUCAUGUUUUGAGUUUUCAAACUUUUGAAAACAAAGAACAAUGUUGUUGUUACCUUCUCUUCGUCUCUUCUUCUUCCUCUUCAUCUUGUUCUCCGCUUGUUUCUUACAUACAAGAGCUCAAGAAGGCCAAGGUGAUAUAAGUGGUGACAAUAUCAAGGUUGACCCGAGUCUCAAGUUCGAGAACCCGAGUCUUCGUCAAGCCUACAUUGCUCUUCAAUCAUGGAAACAAGCUAUUUUCUCUGACCCUUUUAACUUCACAGCUAACUGGAAUGGCUCGGAUGUUUGCUCUUACAAUGGUGUCUACUGUGCCUCUUCUCCUUCUCGUCCGAAAACCCGAGUUGUUGCGGGCAUUGAUCUUAACCAUGCCGAUAUGGCUGGUUAUUUACCUCCUGAGCUCGGUCUUCUCACUGAUCUGGCUCUCUUCCAUCUCAACUCGAACCGGUUCUGUGGAACAGUCCCUACCACGUUUAAACGCAUGAAGCUUCUCUACGAGCUUGAUUUGAGUAACAACCGUUUUGUAGGGAAGUUCCCUAUGGUUGUCUUGUCCUUGCCUUCCCUUAAGUUCUUGGAUCUCCGUUACAACGAGUUUGAAGGUGUUAUACCGUCCAAGCUUUUCGAUAAAGAGCUUGACGCCAUAUUCUUGAACCAUAACCGGUUUCGGUUUGGGAUACCGGAAAACAUGGGAAACUCUCCGGUCUCCGCUUUGGUUCUUGCUGAUAACGAUCUUGGAGGUUGCAUACCGGGAAGUAUCGGUUUAAUGGGGAAGACCCUUAACGAGAUCAUCCUCUCUAACGAUAACUUAACCGGUUGCUUACCACCACAGAUUGGAAAUCUUAAGAAUGUGACGGUUUUCGACGUCAGUUUCAACCGGUUGAGUGGUCCGUUACCGUCUAGCGUUGGAAACAUGAAGAGCUUGGAGCAGCUCAAUGUUGCUAACAAUAAGUUCACUGGAGUUAUCCCAAGCAGCAUUUGUCAGCUCUCAAACCUUGAGAACUUCACUUACUCUUCCAACUUCUUCAUCGGUGAUGCUCCGAGAUGUGCAGCUCUUUCGGGAGACAAUGUGGCGGUUAAUGGAUCGAUGAAUUGUAUCGCCGGUAAAGAACGUCAAAGAUCAGCUAAAGAGUGUUCUUCUCCAGCCUCACGCCCUGUUGAUUGUAGCAAAUUUGGAUGCAAUAAUAUAUUCUCUCCUCCGCCGUCUUUUAGGAUGUCACCCACCGUCCGAGUACUUCCUCCACCACCUCCGUCUUCCAAGAUGUCGCCUACUUUUAGAGCAACACCGCCACCGCCUCCGUCUUCUAAGAUGUCGCCUACUUUUAGAGCAACACCUCCACCGCCUUCUUCUAAAAUGUCGCCUUCUGUCAAGGCUUAUCCACCUCCCCCGCCUAAGUAUGAGCCAUCUCCGCCUCCUCCUCCUUCUUCCGGAAUGUCACCUACUGUUAGAGCAUACCCUCCACCACCACCACCAUCACCUCCUCCGCCAUAUAUUUACUCAUCUCCACCACCACCACCACCAUCACCUCCGCCACCAUCUCCUCCACCAUAUAUCUACUCAUCUCCACCACCUCCUCCACCAUCUCCAACCUACGUCUACUCAUCUCCACCACCUCCACCUGUAGAAUACUAUCCACCCACAACGCAAAGUCCACCACCACCACCACCACAAUAUUGGCAAACUCCUUCACCAAGUGAACCCUAUCCAUCACCUUCACCACCUUACUAUCAAUACAACUCUCCUCCGCCACCGCCUACUUACUACACCGUUCAAUCUCCACCGCCACCACCACCCGUUGACUGCCCACCAGUAACAAAUUCUCCCCCUCCACCACCGGUCUACUAUACACCGGUAACACAAAGCCCGCCACCUCCACCACCGGUUUACUACACGCCGGUAACACAUAGCCCUCCACCACCACCACCAAUGUACUAUCCCCCGGUAACACAAAGUCCUCCUCCUCCACCACCGGUGUACUAUCCGCCAGUAGCAAGCCCUCCUCCACCACCGGUGUACUAUCCGCCAGUAGCAAGCCCUCCUCCACCACCGGUAUACUACCCGCCCGUAACACAAAGUCCACCACCGCCACCACCUGUGUAUUAUCCUCCAGUAACACAAAGUUCACCACCACCACCACCACCCGUGUAUUAUCCUCCAGUAACACAAAGUCCACCACCACCACCACCCGUGUAUUAUCCACCGGUAACACAAAGUCCACCACCACCACCACCACCGGUAUAUUAUCCUCCGGUAACAAAAAGUCCUCCACCGCCACCACCAGUUUACUAUCCACCAGUAACACAAAAUCCUCCACCUCCACCGCCGGUUGAGUACCAUCCUCCGGCAACUCCAAACCACUCUCGACCACAACCACCACCUAAGGGAUGCAAAGACGGUCCAAGUAACGAACAUCACUACCAAACACCAACACCACCUUCUCCACCGCCUCCAUCUUACGACGACACGCCUCUACCCCCAAUUCACGGUGUCUCUUAUGCCUCUCCUCCUCCACCAUCAAUCCCAUACUACUAAGUUUAAACAAUGCAUUAACUAGUGGUCAACGCAGACACUAGUCACAAUGAUCAAAUUCUUUUGGCUUCAUACCUAUUUGUGUGUUUUUGGUUGAUAAGAGACAUUUGAGUUAUUCUUUUUCCCCAUGAAUAUUUUGUUCUUUA